UAUCCGUCAUUCCUUUGCAUCUGUAGCCUUUCCAAGAGCUUUUGGCUGAUAUUUUCGUCUAACUCUAAGUAAACAUUCGGAAAUCGAGCGAAAAUGCCAGUUGAACAUGCGACUCGAAAGUUGUCAAGGCGAGCGAGGCAUUAUGAUGGGAAAAAAGACGAAUCUAUUCCCUAGCCCAGUGAUUCUCAACCAUUGUGCCGCGGCACACAGGUGCACCGCGAGAUCUUCCUAAGUGUGCCGCGAAAUUUCGCACACUAAGACAAUUUCUCACUAAAAAGAAGUAAGUUAUUUAACUCAUGAAAUUCGUAACACAGCAAUAAAGUAAGUUCAUAACCGUGUUUUCGUGAUGUAGUUUGAGUCAUUCUAUGUGUCUAUGACUAGUCUGUGUCUACGGUUGUAUGCCGUCUAUGACUUGCCAUGUUUCUAUUUUGCAAAAUUAAAAUAUUUUUCAUAUAUAUUUAGCCAGGUGUGCCGCUAUUUUUCCAUGUGUUCCAAGGCGUGACUUUGGCAGAAAAAGGUUGAGAACCACUGCCCUAGCCACUAACUUGUACUGUCCACACAUAAAACAAUGCUACAUCAAGUUGCACUCAUGCGCGUCGGUGAUGGGCAUGAGUGUAUACGCCGUCGAUUCCACAAGAUGCUAUCAUUGAUGUCUGUCUAUAGUCACUCUAUAGGAUUAGGGCACCGUCAGGUAAACAAGAAUUCGUUUGAAAGUGGAAGCAUUAAUUAGACCAGGCUGGUGUGUUUGAGUCGAUGGUUUGAGUCAUAUGGGAUCCCUGCAAUGGGUUGGGAACGGACAUAUUUGGGUCUGAGAAAAGGCACUUUCAGCAGUAAAAAGGGCAAGUAUAUCACAGUCGAAAACAAAUUUAAUAAUGAGAAUAUAUUAUGUGAUAAGCAUUUGGAUACUGAUUACAUUGGUAAUGUACCCGAUAUGGAAGAUAAUAGUCGCAAAAAUUGUGACGUUCUUGAUAUGGGGGAAUAAUAGCCAUCAAAGUUGUGAUGGAAAGGCUGCUCACGAGAAUGAUUUAGAUAUUGAUAAUAUUCUUAGUACUGUGGUUAGUGUGGAGGGUACUAGCCGUCCAAAUUUUGGUUUAAAAUUUAAUACAUACUCUGAUAUCAGUGACAGAACACAGGAUCAAAGGCACAAACCAAUUCACGAAAUUCAAUUCAAACUCAGCUCUCAUUAUGAUGUAACGGUGAUGUAUUUGAACGUUUGUUAAAAAUCGGAUACAAAUUUUGACCUGUAUAGAUUCUACAGGCUCAAAACACGUUUUUUUGUUCAAUCAGGGGCCAUAAUCCAGGAAGUUACGGUCCGAUAUGCGUCAAUAUGGCAAAGAAUUGAGAUCUUAGGGUUAUAAACACACAUGUUCAGUUUCAUCAAAAUGGGCUAAUAAUUGUGACCUCAAGUGUGUACAGUCAGGGCCAUAAUCCAUGAAGUUAUGGUCCAUACAAGCCAAUAUCGAAAGGAUCCGAGAUCUUUGGGAUAUACAUGUAUACCUAUAUCUCAAGUUAUGACCUGUAAAGUGUCCACAAAGAAGGUGUGAAAAUGUGGGCGUAUAAAAACGUAUCAUCGAUCUAGUGCCGAACGUACCAUUAAACGGACAAGUGACAUAUAACGGACGGAUUUAAGUAGAAUUCUUUAUGUAGACAAACACGUGAAAUCAACAUUCGGUCAUGUGACAUUUCUGUAACUAUGAGGUUUUAAAGUAAUUUCAUGUUCCGUAAUUUAAGUGUCUAUUAUUGUUAUUUUCUUAAACAAUCGUCUAUUAUUCAUAAAACUGUCCAUUAUAUAUUAAAAAUAAUGGACAGUUUUAUAAAUAAUAUACGAUUGUUUAAGAAAAGCGUACAUUCUCCUAUAUACUGGUUAAAAACAUCAAAGGGUGACGUCAUAACUAUGUGUUAAUUGCUAUUAGCACUGUUCAUGCCACAUUUAAAGAAAAUCCAUACAGGCACCCUUUAUUAUCAUGCUUUUGGGCCAAGUUUGGAACCUAGUUGGUAAAUAAAACUGGUAUUGUUUGGUGAUUAAUAUGUAGUUUACCACCUAAAAUAAAAAAAAAAUGUCAUAUCUUAUAACAAAAAUUACAGUUCUAGCUUUAAAAUGUGCAUUUUAGACUGGUCAACGCCCUUAAACUAGGUACACGUGUUCACAGGCAUUCCAGAAUUGUGUUUGAUUUAUCUAUGAUAUACAUGUAACUGGCAUUGCUCCUAGAUUCAAUCCGGGCAUGUUUAGGUCCUUAAGGUAAGAAUUGUAUGUAAAAGGUGCUUUGAUAAUUAAAAUGAUUACCUCCUCCCUUUUCAGGGUUGUGUUUUGGUUUUACAUCGUUCAUCAGUAUUCUUAAUCAUGGCUACCAUCUUCCUCGUUCGUAAGAGAUCGUUUUAUUCCUGUGUCAUCUUUGUAAUUGCGGUACUCAGCUAUUAUGUGUACCUUUCCUUGUCAUCAGAUGAUCGGGCAAAUCACCUUGCUGCCACAUUUAGAAGAAUCAAUCCACCUGGAGAUACGGUUACAGUCAUGGUCAAUACUAAUAUAGCCCGCAAAAAGAAUAAAUCCAACAUCUUACCAUUCAAAUCAACCUUGGACUAUAAAAUCUCAACUUAUUAUCGAAAACGACCAUACCAUGGGAAACAAACUCUAUAUCCAUUAACUUUAAAUAGCCCUUACCUUAUAAACAGUCCAAACGUGUGCAAGAACGUUAGUAACUUAGCCUUCUUAACUAUCGUUCACACCGCGACACAUAACUUCAAAAAGAGGCGCAUCAUUCGUGAAACGUGGGCGAAUAAAAACCUGUUUAAAAACAUAUCAACUCGGGUGGUAUUUGUCUUUGGAUUAACUAAAGAUAAAAUUAUACAGGCGUUACUCGAGAGGGAACAAAAUAUACACGGCGAUAUUAUUCAGGGAGAUUUUCUCGAUCAUUAUAAUAAUCUGACGCAUAAGGGCAUUUUAGCUUUUAGGUGGAUUUCUGAGUUUUGUAACCAUUCCAAGCUGAUUGUAAAAGUUGACGAUGAUGUCUUCGUGAACCCGUUCAUGUUACUACAAGACAUAAUUCCAAAGCAUAAAGACAGUAAUAGGUUUAUGCUGUGUCACUCACGCAGUUUGGGUUCCAGUGGAAUCAUGCGUGGAAAACUGUAUAAAUGGGGUGUAGAAAAUGACGAAUUUAGAGGAUACAGAACAUUCCCUGUUGUGCACUGCUAUGGUUUCUUUGUUGUUAUUUCUCCAGACAUAAUUGAAUCUCUAUAUCGUGCGUCCUCUUUUACUCCAUUUUUCUGGAUUGAUGAUGUUUAUCUGUAUGGCUUGUUGCCGUUUCAGAUAGGGAAUGUGAACCAUGAAAAUAUACAAAUGAACAUGUCGCGGAACAGUUACUAUGGCAAGCAGUGUUAUCGCGAUUCAAACCCAUGUCAUUUAAUGGUCAUUACUUCUCCGGAUAUUGAUACACAUGAAGAAAUAUGGAGAAUGCUACUGAAAAAUUUAACUAAAGAACAAAAGACAUUGGUUAAGGAUGAAUAUAUAUAUUAGGUGGCAGUUGGUUUAAGCAUGUGCUAUGUCAAAUGAGGGACAUCGAGGUUAUUCACCACUAUCAAUACUACCUUGGAUAUUCCUACUGAUAUCUAAGCUUAUUAUGAAAUAGUUAUAAUUUAUUUCAGGGAUCCCCCUACACGAGCGGAUAUAGGAAUAUUUAAAAAAAACAGAAACCAGUAAAAGAACGUAGAGUUACGUGACAGAUGAUGGACAAGGCUACCACUCUAGAAUCAUAAUAAGAACAACAACUUCCCAAAAGGUGUAACCGAUCACUAUGGCUACAAUAAAAUUGCUUCUUAAAACAACCAUGUAUACAUUUUUCAUCUCCACUGUCGUACUCUUAAGUUAUUUAAUUUGUUCGCAGAUUUUAGGAGGUGGUACAAUUUUUGGUGAAACCCUUGUAAAUACCCAUAUACAAAACGCUGAGGUUGGUGGCGAUCCUUCUGGAAUUCUACAACUCGCUAUGACAACGGAUACAAAUGAAGCAUUACCUGUAAUCAAGCACAUACGAAAACAUCGUGGCAAUAAAACUCGAUACCCAUUAACAUUAAGCAGUCCAUACGUGAUAAACAGUCCCAACUUGUGCAAAAACGCCACAAACUUGG